AUGCUUGAUGGAUAUAAGUCAUGGAACAAAUACUGUGAUAGUAUUGGAUCCGCAUCCACCCCCGAAGGAACAUUCGCAAUAGCACGAUACUACCAGCGUGAAGUCGCAAGGACCGAAGAAAAGAUUGACCCUCAAGCUUUUGACACACCCAUUUCAUCUCGAACACGUGGCGGGGUGAAGCGGAUCGACAAGGGUGUGGCUGGUCUUAGCCUAGGCCCUCCCGAGACUCCCACGAAGAAAGGGCCCGCACAUUUGGCCAGCACAUCGGCGAGGUCACUUCUCAACGACAAUGACGACAGUGACGACGAAUACGAAGAGGACAGUGAAAUACUUGGUUUGGAAGAUGAGUCAAGCCCAAGCACAAUCGCAAGCCCGAGUCCAAUCCGCUUGGUUACUCCCAUCACACGAGAGCUAGCGAACAUUUUGUACCCUCCAACAAAGGAUGAGCAAAUCGUGAAUACUGCACUGAUAGUAUUCCUCAAUGCUCUUACCAUCCACUUCCCUCUCUCUUCGAAGUGGACAUUGCAUAGGAAGCCAUUGACUGCCGUUUUCAAAAACGCGGAAUUUGAAGCGAGAACGGGCGGAUAUCUAGACAGCCCUGGUGGAAAGCCCAGAGUCCUCAUCGAGGUCAAACCGAUCCUAAGAUCCUGGCACCCUCUGCGUAUUCAGAUUCAAGAGAGUGCACAAAUGGUCGCUUGGAUCAAAAGCGACUCUGAAUUAGCCCAGAAAACCAACCGCAUGUAUGGCCAAGAGUAUCUUGACUAUCUGGUUGACGGGACGCUUCCGCAGAAAGAAAAAGAUGAUGAAGAUCCGUCUUUCAUGAAUAUGGACCAAUAUGGUCCGUGGGAUACUACAGACGAGGGCAGUAUGCGUCAGUUGGGGCCAAUUUUGCUGGCGAUUACCUUGCGAGCUGAAGAGGAGAGUAAAAAAGAGAAGCUCGAAGACAAGCAGAGACGUGUCAGAUAG